ACGGAGUAAUUCGCGGAGCAAAAAGGAAAACUCCUCCUUCAAAUAACAGUGUUGGCGAUAAGACGCCUUUUUUUUUCCUCGACGGCAGCAUCUUUCGCACAGCUGGUAACGAGCCACUACCGUUCGUAAUGGACACACGAACGCUUUUGGAUGGGUAUUUGCGCAAAGCCGUCAACCCGAGCAACCACGACUUGGACGUGUCGGCUAUCGAUCUGUUCUGUAUGGCGCUGAAGAAGGAUCCUUCGAAGAUGUCCAUCGCCCGAGAGCUACUGGUGAGCCGUAUUCAAUCUACCAACACGAAGGAAUCUUUGCUGGCGCUGGAGGCCCUCGAAGAAUGUAUGGAAUCGCUCGGACGGGAGUUUCGGUCGGAAAUCAAUAAAUUCCGGUUUCUUAAUGAGCUGAUAAAGAUGGUGUCAAAAAAAUAUAACGGCGAUCAUACACCACGCGAAGUGUCAGACCGGAUUCUAAAUAUUCUCUUCACGUGGACCAACAAGUACGAACCGUGUGAUUGCGAUAAAAUACAGGAAGCCUAUAAUCUGCUGGCCACGCAAGGCAUCCAGCACCGAUCGCAGCAGAACGUGAUCGUGCGCAGUACCGUGCCGCACCGAACACUCGACGAUCGUGCUGGACCCGCGCUGGACAAGGAGCAGCAAAAGUUGCGCCAGCUGAUCAGCAGCGGGAAGCCGGAGAAUUUCGAGAAGGCAAAUCUGCUCAUACAGAACAUCUACCGGGACGAGGAGCGCCGUACGCAGAUGAAGAGCCGGCGACUCGGCGAGCUGCAGAAGGUGGCAGAAAACACGAAACUGCUGGACGAAAUGUUGGACCAGUACCGGGUGGGCGAAACGUCCGACGAUGGGUUGGCCGUACUGAGUGAGAUCUACGAGUCGUGCGAAAGUGCCCAUCCGACCAUCGUGCGGCUGGCGGAAGAAACGCAGCACAGUGAAGAGAUGCUCGAGAAAAUAUUCGAAGUCAACGAUGCACUGACGGUUGUGCUGGAUAAAUACCGCGAGAAAGUCCUGAACCAACCACCACCCGUCAGAGGAGGCAGUGGUACAGAAUCCACCACGGCGAUGAGGUACAGCCCGAACAUUGUCGGUCCGGAUCCGCUAGAUACCCUGUUCGACGUUUCGGGUACGGACCCCACGGAACGUGCCGGUGGUGCCAGUAUGGAAGGCACAACGGAGCGAUCAAACUAUGACGAUCUCAGCGAUAUAUUUGCAUCUACUGGCAGCAACGGAAUUGCCUCCGGAGGAGUGCUAGGACCGGCUAGUCAAAGUAUUCUCCAGCCGCAAUCACUACCGUUUGCGGCGACAGGGAAUAAUGCGAUUGGGAGUCAAAGUGGUAGUGUAGCUAAGGAUAAUUUGAUGGACAUACAUUCCCUGCUGAGCAGCAUCGGCAAUGCAAGGACAGCUUCGAAGAUCCCUGACCGAAACUUAGUGCCCGUACAAGUAGAUGAUGUAAAGAAAGCCCCUCCUGCUACGAUCCGUAACGGUUCUACAAACACUGGCGCUAGUGGCACAUCCAAGAAAACCAUUCCAGAGCUAGAUACCAUCAUCAGCGGUAUGAAAGCGACACUUCUCUCUGGGCCAACGGUAACAGCGGAAGAGACAUCUUCAGUUUCAACGGACCGAUUGGAACCUUCUUCUGGUAUCGGCUCGGAGGAGGACGAUCCUAUCCUUGCGGCACCCCCGGUCAAAGUGCAACCCGUGGAUGAAAAGGAGCAAAACGUUCCCACUGCGCCAGUGAUGAAAGCGGGAGAAAGCAGUGUCGUAAAACAGGAAUUCAAAGCGCUCGCCGAUAUUGUGAUCGAUUUGGAUAGCAUUCUACCGAGCAGAGAACCGUCCCGAACCGUGCUGGACGAUAAGGAUGGGUUGCAGAUAACGCUCAACUUUGCCGCCGACCAUCCGCGGCCCGACGUGACGGUGAUUGUGAUUUCGACCAUCAAUCAGGGACGCACGGAGAUUCCGAGCUUUCAGUUUGAUGCGAGUGUACGAAAACCGUGCAAGCUACGCCUGCUGCCCCCGUCGGCCACAAGUCUUCCGGGCACGAAACCUUUCCGACCACCGGCCGACGGAAUAACGCAGGUGCUGCUGCUCGCUAACCCUUCCGGCGAACCGGUCGACCUAACGUGCAUCCUAACAUACCUGGUGGGCGACGAUCCGGAUCCGAUCAAGGAAUCGAUCGUCAUGCAGGCGGUACCGUCGGUUCGUGAUUAAAGGCGCGGCUGGAGGGGGGCGAACGAAGUAAGCAACCACCAGCGGUAAUCUCGAGGAAUACCUGUGAUUGAGACAAUGUUGAUCGACUGUUCCGUUUGAAGAGGAUACGAAAAAAGAGAGCCAGUAGUAACAACAGGAAUUAUACUUAAUGACAAAAUCACAUGUCUGUGACGCAUGCAACUAUUUUGCCUCCGAAUUGAGCGACGCAAAACAACGCAGAUGGAGGUUGUUGGAACUGUGUUCAUCUCCAUUCGUGGCAGCAGCUACUUAGUAAUCUUUACAUCGCGGUCGAUAUAAAAAAGAAGGAAUACCAAGAAUAAUAAUAAAAGCAACAUCUACGCCGCCAAAGUGGUGU